AUGACGAGCAAGUGGAACACUGCUCUCCAAUCAAGCGGCGGUGGCAGUGCGCUUUUACGCACCGCUGCGGGUCCGGGCUUACCCAGAGGUCCACCGAGCCUCCUAGAGAUGUUCCUGAUGUUCUCGGCUGUGGUGCUUUUCUCCGUCCAGCCAGCAUCAUCUCAUCCCCAGUGCUUGGACUUCCAGCCACCUUUCAAACCCCAGUGGCACCUGGAGUUUUGCAGACAGUAUGAGGAGUUUGGCUGCUGCGACCAGAGAACUGACAACGUGAUCGCGGAGAGAUAUUGGAACAUCAUCGAACUGUUGGAAACGGCGGGUUCUGAACUCUGUGAGGACAUGCUGAAGGAAAUCAUGUGUCAGGAGUGCUCUCCAUAUGCUGCUCACCUCUAUGAUGCGGAGGAUCCUUACACACCUAUCAGAGAGCUGCCCGGCCUUUGCUUUGGCUACUGCUCUGAGUUUCACAGCAAGUGUCGCCACGUGCUGAAAUAUUUAACUGAGAACAGACAGUUGCUGGGCACCUCUGACCGGGACGUCUCCACCUUCUGCAGCAUAGUCGACUUGUCCGACCAGGACUACUGCUACCCCAAUGUCCUCAAGAGCAACUACCUUAACAACAACCUUGGACAGGUGGCGCAGGACCCCAGAGGAUGUCUGCAGCUGUGCCUCACGGAGGUGGCCAACAGCCUGAGAAACCCGGUGUUGAUGCUGCACAGCGGUGAUGACACGCAUCGGAUGUUCAUCGCCGAGCAGCUGGGCUUUGUCUGGGUUUAUCUUCCUGACGGCAGCCGGCUGGAGCAGCCCUUUCUGGACCUGAGCGGGGAGGUGAUGACAACGCCUUGGCUGGGGGAUGAAAGAGGCUUCUUGGGCAUGGCCUUCCACCCCAAGUAUCGGAACAACGGCCGAUUCUUCAUUUACUACUCGAUUCAAAUCGACAGUGAGGCGGAGAAGAUCCGGAUCAGCGAGAUGAAGGUGUCCGCUUAUGACAUGAACGUGGCUGACCCUUACUCAGAGAGGGUCAUUUUAGAAAUUGAAGAGCCAGCUGCCAACCACAACGGCGGCAUGCUGCUGUUUGGUCGAGAUGGUUACCUGUACAUCUUCACUGGAGAUGGUGGAAAAGCUGGGGAUCCGUUCGGGAAGUAUGGGAAUGCGCAAAACAAGAGUGCUUUGUUGGGAAAAGUUCUCCGUGUCGACGUAGAUGGAAGGGACCCCGCUGGGAAACAGUACAGGAUUCCCCCUGACAAUCCAUUCCUUGGUGACCCGGGCGCUCGGCCAGAGGUGUUUGCAUAUGGAGUCCGGAACAUGUGGCGAUGCUCUGUGGACCGCGGGGACCCGGUCACCCGCUACGGCAGAGGCCGGAUAUUCUGCGGAGACGUCGGCCAAAACCGCUACGAGGAGAUUGACAUCAUUGUGAAGGGAGGGAACUAUGGAUGGAGGGCAAAAGAGGGCUUUGAGUGCUAUGAUAUUAAACAGUGCCACAACUCCUCCCUGAAUGACAUCCUCCCUAUAUUUGCAUAUAGCCAUCAUGUUGGGAAGUCUGUGACGGGGGGAUAUGUGUACAGAGGAUGUGAGUCACCAAAUCUGAACGGCCUGUACAUUUUUGGAGACUUUAUGAGUGGUCGAAUCAUGGCCUUAGAGGAAGAUAAGAGAACCGGAAACUGGAAAGAGAGGAGCGUAUGUAUGGGUGACACAACGACUUGCUCUUUUCCGGGGCUCAUCAACCAUCACCACAAGUUCAUCAUCUCUUUUGCUGAAGAUGAAGCAGGUGAGCUGUAUUUUCUGGCCACUUCACACCCGAGUGCCAUGUCACCUUUUGGAACGGUGUUUAAAUUCAUGGACCCUUCAAGGAGAGCUCCUCCAGGGAAGUGCAAGCAGAAGCCUCUACCUGUAAAAGUCAGAGGGAAAAAGUUCCCCUUCGUGCACAGGGAACUGACUGUGCUGAACACAAAUGACAAACCUACACGGCCACCGCCAAGAAAACUCAAGCUGACCACCAAACCGCCGGUGACAAGCAGUAAGAUCAGACCGACGGCAGCCAGCGCCACAAAGCCGACCAACGCCACAAAGCCGCAACGCAUAGCACCCAAAAAAGAAGGAAAGAAGGGGAAGAAGCCAAAACCGUGGAAGCAGAGCAAAACGCUGAAUAAGAAGGAUUACAAGACACAAGCGAAGAAAAAGACGAAGGCACAGACUAAGAAGACUGCUGCCAAGAAGCCAGUCAGAGUCAAAGUAUUACCAAAGAGGAAUCAAACUGCUGCUUCAAACAACACAAAAAGACCCAAAAGCCAGAAAGAUAACAAAAUCAACACAAAAAUCAACACUCCCCAGAAGAAAGAUGCACAGAAGCCAGUUGGGGUGAAGAUAAGGAGACCCGAAAAGGUACAGUUCACCUUUUCCAACAAAACAAACCAGAUUUCGAAGCCAUUCCCGUCCAUCAGCCUGUAG